AAGUUUUUCUGGGUGUCUGUUCUCAUGCUGCGUCUCCAGAGCUCAGCCUGCAUUGUUAGAAGAGGACAUCCGAGCCCCGAUGGACGUCUACCAGGAGGCUUUGAGUUAUCUGGAGUCACAGCAUGUACCAGUUAUAGUUGAAGCAGAGACUGAAGCUCUGGAGGAGGACGUGUUCCAGGAGGAGGCGGUGUCCUGUCUGCUCUCUCCUCUCCACCCUGAGACAUUAGACUUCCCAGACACCCCUACGUUAUGCAGCCCGGAGGAAAUGUUGGAGAGGAGGCUCGUGGUCCUGAAAGGCAUCCUGGAGUGUGAGGAGGUUUAUCUCAGUGAGCUGGAGACUCUUCUGAUGCCCAUGAAGGUUCUGCGCGCCAUAGCCGGGACCUCCCAGCCAGUUCUGUCCAGUCGACAGGUCCAGACUGUUUUCUACCAGGUGCCCGAGAUCAGAGACAUGCACCAAAGCUUCUACUCCGGCCUGAAGGUCCGACUGGCUGAGCCUGUCCCCGAGGAGGACGGAGAGAUGAACUACACAGGCUUCAAUCUGAUGGUGGGAGGCCUGUUUCUUAAAAUGGUGAACCAGAUUGGUCUGUACGGUGGUUUCAUCGCAAACUACGAGGAAGCUGUCGAAGUUGUUCGCAAGUGCACGCACUCAGACCCUCGCUUUCGAACCCUGGCUCAGAGCAUGAUGUCUAAUAACGGCUCAAACAAAACUCGGACCGAAUACACAUUUGAAGCUCUACUAUACAAGCCUCUGGACAGAGUAACCAAGACCACACUAGUGCUGCAUGACCUCCUGAAGACGACGCCGGUGGAGCACGGAGAUUACACCUUGUUACAGGAAGCUCUGAGAUUGUCCCGCAGCUUCCUGUCUGGUGUCAAUGAGAGUUCACAAUGCAAAAGGGAUGUCAUGCUCAGUCACGGCAUGAGGCGUCAGCUGAUGCGUGACGGCUUUGUGGUGGAUGUGAGCGAGGGGGAACGCAGCCUGCGUCACCUCUUUCUCUACACCGACCUCCUGCUGUGCACGAGAAACAAACAUGCCACCAGAGGGAAGCAGGACCAGUACAGGUUCUGCUGGUAUCUGCCUCUAGCUGGUCUCAAACUUCGCUGGGUUGCAGACCAGGAACGUUCACCGGACGCACACCUUCGCUUACACACCAUCAGAACCAAGAUGUUCCUCCUCCGACAACAGCUACGGCAACACGCUAACGGCUCGAGGGGCUUGUCUUUGGCAGCUCGUAGCAGAAAGAAACUGGAGCAAAUGGAGCUGACACUGCUCAUACACUCCCCUGUUUACAAACUGGAGCUGCACAGCCCCAGCGGAAAGAGUCACACUCUCCUCCUCUCCUCCCUGUAUGAGCUGGAAGAAUGGAGAGAAAUCAUUGAAAAACUCACCAAAGACAACAUAGAAACCGUCCCUCCUGACCUUCUCACCCUCACCAGCGCAUGUGUGAAACUGAGAAUGACCCAGCAGCCACCACUUCACAGCUCACAUGCUGUGGAGGACGAGAUGUCUUUGUGUGGGACUCUGAGUGUGGCCAUCCACUCUGCCUGCGGCUUGCAGCAACCAGCCUCUGUGUAUGUGUGUGUGGAAGUGGAUGGCUAUGAGUUUUACGAUAAACAAGCUCAGACACACUCAUCAGUCUGCACCCUCACACCACAUUGGGACCAGGAGCUGUGUUUCCAGGUGGACGGGGCACAGGACCUGAGGGUGCUCUGUGUGAGUCAGUCAGAUGGACAGGAUGAUACUGUCUUGGGAAAAGCAUCUGUAAAGUUGGACUCUAAAACCCUGAAUAAGUGGUGUAGGAGGCAGACUCUACACCUUGGCCAGGUGGAGGUAGCUCUUUCCCUGAAGUAUUGUCCCCACCUGCUUGAACCGCCGAGCGCUACAGCUCAACAAAAACCCAUCUUCUGUGUCCCCAUUGAAUCGUUGGCUCAACAGGAGGGAGUGCUCGUCCCACAUGUGGUACGUUGCUGUGUGGAGGAGUUGGAGAGGAGAGGCAUGGGCGAGGUGGGCAUCUACAGGGUUUCUGGAUCCAGCAGUGACAUCGGCACGCUCAAGACUGCAUUCAACAGCAAUCUGCGUGAAGCCGUAACCAGGCUGAGAAGUGCUGAAGUGAACGUUGUCUCCGGUGUUCUCAAACUGUUCUUCAGAGAGCUGCCUGAGCCUCUUAUACCCGCUAAGAUGUUUCAGAGCCUGGCCAGGACACUGGACAUCCAGGACAUGAACUCUCGGCUGGUGUCCAUGUUGUCCCUGCUGCAGUCCUGUCCUGAGCCCAACCGCCACACCUUUCUGUACCUCCUGCACCACCUCCAACGAGUGUCAGAGAAGCAAGACGUUAACAAGAUGACCCUUAUAAACCUGGCUACGGUGUUCGGUCCGAGCCUCUUACGCGCCCCUGUGGUUGGACUUGGGCAUGACGGUCCCACCAUGGAUAUCUCCCAGGAGGUGGUGGUGCAGGUCCAAGUGGUUUUCAGCUACCUGCAGUGCAACAACCUCCCUGAAGCCCAGACGUCUCUGCCACAUGACACAGACGCUGAGGAUGAGACCACCCACAUGUGAGACCACCAUCAGUGUCACGGUGGGCAGGAAUUUCAAAUACUGAAUGUAAAGAAAAAUAUCUGUGGUAGAACUAUAAGACAAUAAAAUUAUUUAU